CAGAGGCUUCCCUGGGAGAGUCCAGUCCCCUCCUGCCAUCCCCAUGGACCAAGGAUGCCUUCGGGGGUCUACCCUCCUGGGCUGGCUAUGCAUUGCCCUCCUGGUCCCUCUCCAUCCAGUGGAUGCUGCCAAGGUGUUUGGUGAAACAGACCAGGUGCGCAUGACAUCCGAAGGUUCAGAUUGCCGGUGCAAGUGCAUUCUGCGUCCUCUGAGCAAAGAUGCCUGUAGCCGCCUCAAGGAGGGCAGUGUCCGGGUGGAGGACUUCUACACGGUGGAGACGGUCAGCUCAGGGGCCGACUGUCGCUGUUCCUGCACCGCCCCACCAGCCUCCCUUAACCCCUGCGAGAACGAAUGGAAAAUGGAGAAGCUGAAGAAACAGGCUCCCGAACUCCUCAAGUUGCAGUCCAUGGUUGACCUGCUUGAAGGAACCCUCUACAGUAUGGACAUGAUGAAAGUCCAUUCGUACAUUAACAAGGUGGUGGCACAGAUGAACACCCUUGAAGAGACCAUCAAGACAAACCUGAGCCGUGAGAACGACUUCAUGAAAGAGAGCGUCCUGCACCUAAGCAACCAGAUGAAGCGUUAUGAGAAUUAUUCGGACAUCAUGAUGGGCAUUAAGAAAGAGCUGUCCAGCCUGGGCUACCAGCUUCUGCAGAAAGAUGCUGCUGCAGCCCCAGAACAUAAAGCGCAGGACACGUCUGGUGGCAAAAGCAAGGAUGGAACUGGGAAGUAUUCUGGCCCUAGGAAGAGCCUGGGGGACAAACCCACCCCAAGGACCUCCAAGGAGAAGCAUCUCAAAGGAGAGAAGCAAAGGAAGGAGAGCAGCAAAAGCCGGACGGUUACAACACAGCCGACUGCCAAGCCCAGAUCUUUGGGUCACCAGCAGGCGGUGAUCCGAGGGAUCACUUACUACAAAGCUGGGCAUCGGGAAGAAGCAGAGGAGCUGGUGAGCAACCGGGAGACUUCUAUAAAGGAAGCCACAAAUGUGGAACAGCAAGAGGAGGGCAAAGCUUCUGAUUCUGCCCAUCCAGCUGAAGUGCUCCAACCAAGGGCAGGAGAAAACCCAGUAACAGCUUCCCAUCCCAGUACUACCAGUACAACCACCCAAGCGCCCACCACCACUUCAUCUCCUAGGACCAGCAGCCGAGGUCUCCCAGGCACUGGUCUACCCAUUGGAGAGCGUGGUGACGUUACUGAGGGGCCUGCGACCCCCAACCAUGUUCGUGAAGCAGAGUGUGAAGGAACUCUGGAAGCCAUUGAAGCCCCUGAGAAGCAGCACAGCUACGGGCGCAAUGAGGGAGCCUGGAUGAAAGACCCUUCCGCUAAGGAUGAACGCAUCUAUGUCACCAACUACUACUAUGGGAACAGCUUGGUGGAGUUCAGAAACCUGGACAACUUCAAACAAGGGCGUUGGAGCAACCUUUACAAGCUGCCGUACAACUGGAUCGGGACCGGUCAUGUGGUGUUCCAGGGCGCUUUCUACUACAACCGGGCCUUCACCAAGAACAUCAUCAAGUAUGACUUGCGGCAGCGCUUUGUGGCAGCCUGGUCCAUGCUGCACGACGUGGUGUACGAGGACACCACGCCGUGGAAGUGGCGAGGCCACUCGGACAUUGACUUUGCCGUGGACGAGAGUGGCUUAUGGGUGAUCUACCCAGCGGUGGACUAUGACUACACCCAGCAGGAAGUCAUUGUGGUGAGCAGGCUGGAUCCUGGAGAUCUGUCGGUCCGCAGGGAGACCACCUGGAAAACGGGGCUGAAACGCAACUCAUACGGGAACUGCUUCAUCAUCUGUGGGAUCCUCUAUGCUGUGGACGAGUACAACACCAAGGAAGGCCAGGUGACCUACGCCUAUGACACCCACACAGACACUGAGGCCAACCCUAAGCUCCCUUUCGUCAAUGAGUUUGCCUUCACCACACAGAUUGACUAUAACCCAAAGGAGAAGGUCCUCUAUGCUUGGGACAAUGGCCACCAGGUCACCUACAGACUACGCUUUGUGUCUUGAGUGUCCAGCCCUCCAGAAUGGGUCAUGUGCAGGUAUUACAGCUUCCUCCCCCUACAGUCUCAGAUGAAGGACCAUCCUUGGUCCUUGGAUGGACUAAACCAAGAGCAGUCCUUGGAGUGUAGAGCUGUGCAUGGCUCAGCUGGUGUCACCUGUCACAAUAGCUUCCCAGAGAGUGGGUCACCAUCUCUGAGAGCUCCCAAGGGGUUGGCGAAGAGGAAAAGCAAAAGGAAGGGAAGCAUCUCACAUUAGCAUUUUCCCCAUUGUUAAGCCUCCCACCUUAAGGUCUUGCUUCUUCAAAGAUGUUCUGGUAGAGUGUGUAUAUAUGUAUACAGAUAUAUAUGCGUGUGUGUGUAAAAGUAAGUUGUGCUGGUCCAUGAGUAAACCCAAAAUCCACAGUUGAGUCUUGACUUCAUUGGGACCAACCAAAGUUGAACAAAACUGUGCAAGCUUUUGAGUUCCCCAGAGAUCUUUUCAUCAGGUUAGGCCUUUCUUUUUGGUACCACUUAAUCAAAUGAAGAACCCUGGCCAACCUGAAAACUUGCACACUUCCUAAAUGAACGUAUGAUCCAACUAUGGAUUUUGUUUUAACUGAAGUGUGUUCCUUCCACUAUUUAAUGGGGCAGGAUGUCGACCAGAUCUGUCAAAAUGGCAAAUUCAUUCCGCUGAAAGCAGGUCGCAAGCAACACCUGCAGAAGUUCUCCCUUCUAUACAACUAUUACUUUCACUCUGGCAACCCUACUUACUGGAAGAGUUGUGUGCCUCAGAUGAUAAAGAUGCUGGGAAAUGGUAGCAAGGCAUGGAAGACAGAGUUGUGUACAAAGCAUAGCAAAAUUCCAUUUUUGGACUCUCCACCUCUCAAAAAAGGAACUUUGCCAGAUUCUCAUUGUGAACCAUGAGGCCUACCCUGCACUCCUUAAGCUAGCCUUCCAGAGCGGCAGAAGGCACAAACUCAGAAUUGAAGAAAAAUUCACCUAUCAACCAAGUUGCCCUUUCUGCAUGGAACAGAAAAAAGGGAACUCCCAGACUUCCUUUGUGUUAUGUGCCUCUUUCUUCCGAGGGAGCACAUCUCUCUUCGCCCUCCCCUUUUUCCUCCAGGGAAUAAAAUGAAAGCUGGACUUUGGCACUGGGACAAUGUUGGGUUGUUUAAAUGUAUGGGAAUUUGGCAUUGCUCACGAUUCAAUGCUGCGACUGGGCUUAAAGCUAAAUGAUACCCCACGGAGAGAAAGCAGGGGGAAACAGCCAACGGGUUUGCUAUUAGACAGCUGGAUCGACUGCUGGGGAGAGGAACCGUUGUUAGAAGUGGGCCUGUAGGCGGUUGGAUUUAUUCAAUAUAAUACGUAUCUUGUGUUCCCGCACCUACUUUCUCCCGAGUGCUCUCACAUGUUCAGUCAAGCUCACACUUUCUGUGGGUUGAAUGUUUGGUUUGUUCAUCAUGGCAGCCUGGUGUUGUUGUGUGCCUUCAAGUUGUGUCUGAUUGACGGUGACCCUAAGGCAAACUGAUCACAAGGUUAGAUUUCAGAAAGGGUUUGCCAUUACCUUUAAGGAUGAGAGAGUAUGACUUGGCCAAGGUGGUUUUCUGUGGCCAAGCAGGGAAUCGAACCCUGGUCUCCUAGAGGUCUAGUCUAAAUGGCAGCCUGGGGUAAUUUAAGGUAUUGAGAUGGGCAACUUUAUUCUCCCUUGAGAAGUUUUGGACUUCUUCCAGAAUCUCCAGCCUGCAUGGCCAGUACUAAGAUAUUAUGGGAGUUGUAGUCCAAAACAUCUGAUGUGUAGGAGGUUGCUCACACCAAGGUAUGGCUGUGUUAGUGUUCAUAAGUGGGGAGAAAAAAAGGGGUAUCCUUUUGUGGUGGGUUUCUGAUACUCUCACUUUACAUUUUCAAACUUAAGGACUAGAAACUUUGAAAUGCAGGCAUUUUCUGGGUUCUAUCUCUCUGCUGUGUUUUCCCAUGCAGCCAAGGCUUGAACAAGGGACAAUCCCAUUAGGUUUAGGAUCUCCUCUGAUUUCAAACGUAUCUGCUCUCCACCCAUUGCUAAUGCCAAAAGGAAGCUAGGAGGGAGAGAGGACGGGCGGAUUCGGGUUUAGCAUGAUAAUACUAAUAUUUUCACUUCUGUGUGUCUGAAAAUGAAUUAAAUUUUAAAACAAAACUAAAUACUGCACCGAGAUUUAUUUCCCUGAUGU